UUUCCUUCAACACUAAUUUUAUGUCCUGGAGACCUUGAACAUAUCUGCCAUUUUACCCUGAGAACCGAUUACUUCACUACUGGCAGAAACCUGCACGUGUUUUUUGGGACUACUGCUUCAAAGGAAAGAAAACUGUUUCUCUGAAAGGCACCCUGACUGAUCUAUAUCCUCUCUUCUUUGUUGUGUGUUGUGGGAGUUUAACUUGUAAAAGAAGCUGUUGCUUCUUCCACUUCCCCCUGCUUCCUGCCAGGGACGUUUACCUGGCUAGGAGUGGGUGGUAGGUGGACCAGAUUUUACUGAAUAGUAGGUUGCCUCAAGGAGCUUGUGCUAUGAUCAACUGCUCUUUUCCGUGUUGUUCACACUCACCUUUUGAGGGACUCUCUGUGCGGCCCCAGGACAAGGGAUAGUAAGCUGGUUGAGGACAAAAAGGAGGAGGAGGCGGCGCUACGGCGCAGGCCGGGUCUUAACUUGGCACACAGUUACCAUUUUUUUGUUUGUGGUCCUUGCAGUAAGGCCUUUGGGCCCCUGCCUCUGCCCAGACCGCAGCUAUGGUAAAGCUGGCAAACCCAGUUUACACCCAAUGGAUACUAGAGGCCAUCAAGAAAGUCAAGAAACAGAAGCAGCGGCCGUCAGAGGAGCGCAUUUGCAAUGCGGUUUCUAUGUCCCAUGGUUUGGACCGCAAAACGAUUCUGGAGCAGUUGCAGCUCAGUGUCCAGGAUGGCACAAUCCUUAAGGUCACCAACAAGGGACUUAACUCAUAUAAAGACCCAGAUAACCCUGGACGAUUGGCUCUGCCCAAGCCAAAAAGUGGCAGCGGAACUGGAGGAGGAGCUGCAGUCGCCUCCUCAGGAGGCGGCAGCAGCGGCAGCAACAACAGCUGCACUGCGUCUCAUUCCCAUUCUGGGAAGAAACCCGGGCUCGAUUGGAACAAACUGAUCAAACGAGCCUUGGAUGGGCUCCAUGAACCCGGCGGCUCCAGCUUAAAGAACAUUGAGCGCUUUCUUAAGUGUCAGGCGGAUGUGGCGGCCUACCUGUCAAGCAGCGGUUCUGUCGGAGCCGCCCUCUUCCACCAACAGCUCAGGGUAGCCCUGAAGAGAGCCGUGGCCCAUGGACGCGUGGUCAAGCAGGGACAGAUGUUCCAGCUGGUUAGCCGUAGCGGCCCCCAGGAGGACGGGACCGGGCCGGUGUCUCUGGAAUCGCUGCCGCCUGUACGGUUGCUACCUCACGAGAAGGAUAAGCCCGUGGCAGAGCCCAUCCCCAUCUGCAGCUUCUGUUUGGGGACCAAGGAGCAGAACCGCGACAAGAAGCCAGAGGAGCUCAUCUCCUGCGCUGAUUGUGGCAACAGUGGUCACCCGUCCUGUCUGAAGUUUUCCCCAGAGCUCACGGCACGAGUCAAAGCCCUGUGGUGGCAGUGCAUCGAAUGCAAGACCUGCAGCAGCUGUCAGGAUCAAGGAAAGAAUGCGGAUAACAUGUUGUUCUGUGAUUCUUGUGACCGGGGCUUCCACAUGGAGUGCUGUGAUCCUCCACUCACACGGAUGCCGAAAGGCAUGUGGAUUUGUCAAAUCUGCCAACCCAGGAAUAAGGGAAAGACGCUUUUACACGAAAAGGCGGCACAGAUCAAACGACGAUACAACGCGCCGCUGGGACGGCAAAAGAACAGACCAGGGCGACCGUUCAAGAAGCUGGGAGGCCGAGGGCGGAGGAGGCGCUCCACCUCGGCCAACUCUUCCUCCAGCUCCUCUUGCGAAGGUUACCCCGGUGACGACCGGCUGCUGUUCUCCAUGCGCGGUGACAACGAGCAAUCCAACAGCAGCCUGCACUUCAACAGCAAGACCAAGGGCCUCAUCGACGCCCUCACCAAGUUCUUCACGCCAUCGCCAGCAGGCCGCAAGGCGCGGCAGGAGGUGGUGGAUUACUCGCAGCAGUGCCGCAUUCGGAAGAAAGCGGGUCGAAAAGGAGAGGGAGACGACGGAGGUGACAAUCAGGACGGCAGUGACUGGCGGGAGGACGAAGACAAACUGCCCGGACACGAGAACCUGACAGAGAAAGACAUCGAACUGUUCAAACAUAUCCAGGAGCUGGCGCUUCAGAAAGUUGGAGUGACAGGUCCACCAGAUCCACAGAUGCGCUGUCCAUCCGUCAUCGAAUUUGGCAAGUUCGAAAUCCAGACUUGGUAUUCAUCUCCGUACCCACAGGAGUACAGCAGACUCCCCAAACUGUACCUGUGUGAGUUCUGCCUGCGUUACAUGAAGAGCCGCAGCAUCCUGUACCAGCACAUGAAGAAGUGCAGCUGGUUCCACCCUCCAGCCAAUGAGAUCUACAGGAAGGACGAAGUUUCUGUGUUUGAGGUGGAUGGAAACGUGAGCACAAUCUACUGUCAGAACCUGUGUCUGCUGGCCAAGCUCUUCCUGGACCAUAAGACCCUUUACUACGACGUAGAGCCCUUCCUUUUCUACGUUCUCACGCAGAAUGACAGCAAAGGCUGCCAUCUUGUCGGCUACUUCUCUAAGGAGAAGCAUUGUCAACAGAAAUACAACGUAUCGUGCAUCAUGAUUCUUCCACAAUACCAGCGAAAGGGCUAUGGACGCUUUCUGAUCGACUUCAGCUAUUUACUGUCAAAGAGGGAAGGACAACCAGGCUCCCCGGAAAAGCCUCUAUCAGACCUUGGCCGGCUGUCCUAUAUGGCUUACUGGCGCAGUGUGGUACUGGAGUGCCUCCAUGAGGUCCGUGACCAACAGAUCACCAUACGACAGCUCAGCAAAAAGACGGGAAUCUGCCCACAAGAUAUCACCACCACCCUGCACAGCCUCAACAUGCUGGAGCAGCGAGGGGACAGGCUUGUGCUGGUGCGAAGGGAGAAAGUGGUGGCGAACCACAUGGCUCGUCUCAAGGCUCGACCACGGCAGCUGGAAGUGGACCCAGAGUGCCUCCGCUGGACGCCGGUCAUCGUUACAAACACUGUUGUCUCUGAAUCGGAUCGAGAGGAUGAAGAGGAAGAGGAGGAGGAAGAACCAGAGGAUGACAUUCAGAAGGAGAUCAAACCAAGCCACAAGCUGCAAACGACCCCCUGGCAUUUGCAGCAGAGCGCAGAUGACGAAGAGACCAAGGGUUUCCUGGGGUUUCCCAUACGCCAAAGCUCUCCGGCUUCCUCCUCUGUCCACGGGCCGUCCUCAGUCCCGGAUGCAGCACAUCCUCCUCUGCCAACAAACGGGGAGCGCCGGCCGCGGGGCCGUCCGCCCAAAAACUGUCCCUGGGGCAAAAUGAAAAACCCACCACGCGUCGGGCGACCUCCCAAGAUCUGUCCCGUUGAUGAUGAGGAUGACGAGGAUGAGGAGACUCCAGGAGAAGGAAGGACGGCAGCCUCCUCCAGCAGCCCGCCUUCCCUUUUCUCAAUGGAUAGACAAGGAGACUCCUCGGCUUUUCAUUCUGCGGACUUGGCCAGGCACACGUCAAUAACCCCGACAACACGAAGAGGUCGACCCCCGAGAAAGAAGAGGGGUCCAAAGCCCAGACUUCCAGACGGGCCCGGGGACGGGCUGCCGCUGUCUGUCCUGUCUAGGCUAAACGACACUCCAUCUGUCGAUAAGAGCGGUUUCAGUGAAAGCAGUGAUGAUGAAGAGGAGGACGAUGAAGAUGAUGAAGAGGAGAGGGCAUGCUCCCCACCCAUCCUCACCAAACCAGCAAUAGGCCUGAAAUGCAAGAAGCCCCUGAAGAGGCCGCGUUUUCGCCGGAGCAGUCACCCUCAAAGCAGCGUGGUGACGGAGACCAUAUCUGAGACCACCGAGGUAUUGGAUGAGCCCUUUGUGGACUCGGACUCUGAGAGGCCGAUGCCCAGACUGGUAGAGGAAAGGUCCCUGGGCCACCCGCUGCGUCGCUAUCCGCCCGCUAGAUCGGCUCUGAGAUUAUCCGAGCCGUUAUCCAAACGACCCUGCCACUCCAACCUCUCUGAUUCAGAGGAAGACGAACUGACGCCUGUGCUGAAGCCCGUAUCUGCGCUGUCAGAGUUAUCGAUGGUCAACCCCGAUGCCCCCGUGAAAAAGAAGAAGGGCUGGCCCAAAGGGAAGAGCCGGAAGCCACAGCAAUGGACGAAACGCGGACCUGGAAAACUCCCCGGCAGUGGACCUAACCAAGAAGACAGCCAAGUCCAAAGUGGGGAUUCCCUCGGCCCCAAAAUUAAAAUGAAGCCUGGCCGCAAACCCCGGAGCUUGUACCUUCAGAGGGAGGAGGCCGAGAAGCAGGAGAAGGAAAGAAAACAGCUGGACAAAGAUGCUCAGCUGCUGCAGGCGGAGGACCGCUCCAUCACAGGUCUGAGAGGCAAACAGAAAGACUCGGAUGAAGACGACGACUAUUUCCCUAAACCUGCUGAACAGAAAGUGCCCAAACGGCGCGGGAGGCCGCCUAAGAACCGCUCCCUCCACCAGCCGCCACAGCCUGCGCCCAAUCCCCCUCCCACCUCCGAGCCAGAUGAAGAGGAUGAAGAUGACGACGAAGGCGCAUGGGCAGAAGAAAAGCCCAGUCGGCCACCGUCCCGGCCCCUGCUCUCCCCCUCGCCUUCUUCCUCGGCAUCGGGGCCACGGGCCCCUCAUUCCCAGCCUCCAGAUGCAGAGAUGGGAGACGGGGAGGAUGACGACGACAACGAAGAUGGGGAGGAGGAAGAAAGAGGCAGCAGGCGAGCGGCGGUCACACCAGGUUCCGGUAACAGGCGCAGCGAGGAGCACGACGCAGACGAUGAAGGUGACGGUCAUUUAGAAGACAAGAGUAACGGCUCCAAAACGAGAAAAAGACCAGACACUGACGAUGAAGAUGAUGAUGAGGAGGAGGAGGAGGAAGACGAUGAGGCUACUUCAAGAGCAAACUCUCCUCCUGUCAAAGAAGAGCCCCAAGCUGGGGAGGCUUUUUUAGACCUGGACAACAGCGUGGCGCCAAACUAUGUCAGCAAGCAGGAGGAAGACGCGGAGGAGGAGGAGGCUGAGAAAGAUGUGCAGGAAGCCAAGACUCCGCCUCCUUCUGCUGACCCGCUGCAGGAGGAGAGGCGGCGCAGAGAGCAGGAGGAGUCGGCGGCGGCGGCUGCAGCUGUGGAGACGGUAACGGCCAUGUCCGUCCCUUCUGAGAACCUGCCGCUGGACGCCCUCCACCCAGACGACAAAGAUGUCACGCUGUUGAUGGAACCCCAACAGGCGCACAGCCACCCCCACCAGCACUCGGAAUAUAAGGAGGAGAUGGGCCAACACCACUCGCAUCACCAGCACCAACACUCCAACGAGCUGGACCUGGAGACCAUGCAGGCCGUGCAGUCUCUGACGCAGGGGGAAGCCCAGGAGGACGAGGCCGAGCCGCAGCCGCACCACGGGGCGUACCAAGACUGCGAGGAGACGCUGGCCGCCUGCCGCACCCUGCAGAGUUACAGCCACUCAGGAGAGAACGAAGAGGAAGGGCUGCCUUUGGUGGAGGAGUGUGGGGCCUCACAGCACAGCAGCCCCCUCCCAAACCCCCCGGUGCCUCCUCUGCCCAACCAGUCCGUCCGCUCCGCCAGCAGCCCCGGGUUGUCGUCGUCGAGCAUCGUGGAGACGGCGCAAGCCGGGCAGAGGGGUGGGACGCCUGGCCCCGCCGGAUCCACAGGCAGCAGUGGGAACGCUGGGGGCGGCUACACCCAGAUAACUCCAGAACAUCCCAGUUCGCUCUCCGCUCCGUCCCAGCAGAACAUGGAGACGUCUCCCAUGAUGGACGUGCCGUCUGUGUCUGACCACUCCCAACAGGUGGUGGACAGCGGCUUCAGCGACCUGGGCAGCAUCGAAAGCACAACGGAGAACUAUGACAACCCCAGCAGCUACGACUCCACCAUGGGCGGCGGGGGCAACGGGACGGGAAACGGAGGUAAUGGAGGGCCGCUGUCGGGCGGCGUGGUGACGGGACCCGUUGCAGCGUCAUCAUCAUCGUCUUCCUCCUCCACCUCAGCCACGCCCUCUUCCUCAUCCUCUCAGUCCAACAGCUGCUCCUUCGUUCAGGCUCCCAGUCUGACGUCCCCUGCAGCCAGUGGGGGGUCCCAGCUGGGGAUGGGCAGCUGUAGCCUCAUUCAGCAAACCGGGCCAAACAGCGGUCCAGGAGCCGCUAACGUGGCCGGCGCCGUUCCCCAGCCCCCACCGCCGCCACCACCUUCCAACACCCCCAGCUGUGGUAUCAAGUCACCUCAGAGCUGCGGAGUGAUCGAGAGGCCCCCCAGCACCAACCAGCAGCAGCAACCUCAGUCACAAAAAAAGGUUCCUCAGCAGCAACCCCCUAACCCCCAACCUUCAGCCCCGCCGCAGCAGCAGGCUCUGUCCCAGUGCAGCAUGGGAAACGGCUUCGCCUCCACCCCCAUGAUCAUGGAGAUCCCAGAGAGCGGAGGGGGGGGAGGCGGCAGGGCCCUCUAUGAGCGGAUGGGUCAGGACUUUGGAACGGGCAGCUACCCUCAGUCCACCGCUACGUUCAGCCUGGCGAAGCUUCAGCAGCUCACCAACACCAUCAUGGAACCUCACGCCAUGCCCUAUUCUCACUCUCCCUCCGUCACGUCAUACGCCACCAGCGUGUCUCUCUCCAACCCAGGGCUGGCCCCCUCGCCCCACUCGCUUCCUCAGGGCCAGCCCAGCAUGACGUCCCCCGCCAACCUCAGCUCCGGCUCCAUGAACCUGGGCUCUCUGCAGCUCCAGUGCAACAUGCCGGCCACCAACAUCGGCCUGGGACCUCCUCAGUCGCACAGGCUGCAGGGUCAGAUGGCGACGGUCAAAGGCCACAUCUCCAUCCGGUCCAAAGCCACCCAGCAGCUGGCGCCCGCCCCCCACCAGCAGCAGCUCUACGGCCGCAGCUCCGGGGCCGUGGCCAUGCAGGGCACCCCCCGGACACUGGCGGUGCAACGGGGCAUGAUGCCUAAUCUGAUGCCGACGCCGGCGGCGUACAAUUCUAUGAACAUGCCUCCUCUGAACGCCAUGUCGGCGGGUUACAGGAUGCCUCAGAGCAUGAUGAACAGCGGCUACCACAGCAACCCCCCCUACAUGAACCAGCCGGCUCAGUACCCCAUGCAGAUGCAGAUGGGCAUGAUGGGAGGCCAGGGUUACCCCCAACAGCCUAUGCAGCCUAAUCACCAUAGCAACAUGAUGUACACGGGCCCCUCCCAUCACAGCUACGCCGGAGUUCCCAAACAGUCGCCAUACAUGAGCAGAUGAGCAGCUGAGGCGCCAAACGGAGACGUGGGACCAGAGUGGAAGCUGGCUGUGUUUUAAAUGUCCAUCCCUCCUUUGCCUGGUCAGCAGGGAGGCGUUUGGAUCACCUGUUCCUCUCAUUUUGUCCAGUUUUUAUUUGGGCUCGCUUCUCCCUGCAGCUGGCUGUGUUUGGGAUUCGGGAUGGGACCUCCUCUCUGGAGCGCCGCUCCAGUGCAGGGGCCGCCAAGAGGCAAGCGUGGGAAACGAUUCCUCCUUUUCCUGAUGCCCUGCGGGAGAACAGGAGGCGACCAAAAGAGAAACGACCUGAAAGACAAAACAGGAGUUUUUUACCCCCAACAAGGCUGCGGAUGAAAUAAAAAACUGAAUAUAUCCAACCAUGCACACAAUCUUUUAAAGCGAUAUAGGAAGCCUUAUCUUAAAAAAAGACCAUUGUAGGUGGACUGUUUUGUUAAACAUAAUGUUAAAUAUUAUUUUUCUUGUUGUUUUUGUUGUUUAUUUGGAAUACUCAUGUGCAGUCCGACCUUUUAUAUGCUUUUGUCUUUAUAUAUGUGGCAUUCUGAAACGGUGACACAUCCGCUCGGCGUCAUCCCUGAAGAGCCGAGCUUCUCGGAUCCCCACGGUUUCCGCCUCAGGCACGUCUGAUGGCGUCUGAGCCGUUUCCGACGUCUCCCGUCUUCCCAGAUGGACAGUGUUGUACCAAAAAAAACAAAACAAAAAACACGACAAGAGAAAAGGUGUUACUGUCUGUUAUAUAUCCAUGGAAGAAACAAGUAGCAUUAUUUUCCAGUUCGCUGCCACUUGGAAACAUUUUAGAUGUAAAUAUUCUGGUACUUCCCCACACUCCACACACAUGCACACACGGACGACGUGGCUGACAAGCCGCUGCGUUUCGGCGGCUCGCUCAGAAACGUCCGACAUUCACCUCCUUUUGUCCACACUCCACUGACUGACGGUGUACAGUGUCAGCCUUUUUUAGCAGCUUAGAGAAUGCAGAGUUGACCUGCUCUAUAUAAAGGGUGUUUCUAGAUGCCCCGCCUCUUCCUAGAGGUCCAGGAGCUCGCUUUCUGUUAUUCUGCUCAAAGUAGUUUUCGUUUCUGCACUCCCAUUGACUAGACGUUUGGCAGCAGACAUCCAACCUUUUUGAAAGGUGUGCCUAAAAUGCCCGAUCUAGUGCUCGGAUCGGCCCUCAGACCGAGGUGCACUUAACUUAAAGCAGGGUCAGAGGCGAGGGAGCAGCGUUCAGAGGACAGGCGUGUAAAAAAAAGAAGAAAGUCAUCCUGUCGCUCCUUGUACCAGUGUUGAAAGUCAAAGGAAGAGUUUUGGGUUUCUGUUUUGUUUUUUUCCUACAUGCAUAUUUUGGUUUUGAGUGUUUUGCUCUGUUCUUUACUCGUUUCUUUUCGUCAUUCGGUUUCUGAAUUUUAUCAGACUGGGCAGCUUUCUUUUAUGACACAAGCUGACUCUUUUUGUCUUUAGAAAACUAUUGUAGAGAAGAUGUUUUUCUAUAAUAUAAAAAGCUAAUUCUGACAUUGAUAUUGGUACUGUCAUUUCUUUUCCCACUUCUGUUUCAGAAAA